AUUUUAUGUUGCUUAACGAAAGUUGUCAAAAUUGUAAACAGUUUAGCUUUUUUCACAGACUCGCGGUUGCUGUAUUCACAGUGUUAUAUUCACUUUUCACAAAAUUUGUGCAGUAUUAUGUACCAACCCGAAUCAGGUUUCUGUUGUGUAAUCUGCUGAUGCGGGCCGGUAAUGUCGGAUAUCGAAGAAUCAUUUGAAGAAAAACUUCAAAAUUUUCGGCUUGCACGACAGUCUGAAGAUACCACGCCGAGUAAAACUACAGAAUCUGUGACGGAAGAAAUGAGCAAUAGACGAGGACGUGGCGGGGGUGGCCACCGGCCACCUCCUCAUUUAAAAGGAAGAGAAAUCGGCAUGUAUUACGCUAAUAUGCACCGCGGAAGACAAAGCACCGAGGAUCACCAAUUCGAUGGUCCAUCGCAGGGAGACAGGUUGAGCCGUAAAGAACACCGAAUACAGAAACUUCAAAGGAAAAAGAUGCGUGAACGGAUGGCUUAUGAAGCCGAGUUGAACGAAAGCGCGGCUCCUCCGGGGCUAUCGGGAAGAGAACUCGGAUUGUACUAUCGGGGUAGACAGACGCAGAAAAAAAAGGAGCGCGAAAAACGUCGCGCUGUGGAUAUUACGAUUCCGUCGUGGCAGAUUCAGGAAAUACGAACGCAUUUGAAGUUGGCUGAUGGAAUCGAUAAUGUCAACUUUUUCAAGCACUUUAUACAUUGCGAUGAUAUUGAUUCUCCCUUUAAAAAUGAAUAUCUGAGAGUUAUCAACAUGAAUCUAGAGGAAAAUUUGGCGGAGAAAGCUGCAUCCUAUAAGCACUCGGAUGAUAUGGAUCAAUCAUUGAAUGAUGAACUGUACGAAGAGUUAUUGCGGAAGGAAACGUUUUCAGAAAUGAAAAAGUCUCGGGAACGACUGCCGGUACACGGUACUCGUCAAGAGAUUUUGGAUACGAUCGACAAACAUCAGGUUAUUUUGGUUAAAGGAGAAACCGGCAGUGGCAAAACCACGCAAAUACCGCAGUUUAUUCUUGACCAAGCAAUGGUCGAAAAACGUGGCACCACCUGUCGGGUGCUUUGUACUCAGCCUAGACGGAUUUCCGCAAUAACAUUGUCCGAACGUGUGGCCUUCGAAAGAGGUGAACGCCUCGGGCGCUCGGUAGGAUACCAAAUCAGAUUGGAGGGGGUGAAACCCCGCGGUAGCGGAGCAUCGAUCCUCUUUUGUACGACAGGCAUCGUGCUUACUAUCAUGCAAAGCGAUCCGAUGUUGAGUGGCAUUUCCCACUUGAUUCUGGAUGAAAUUCACGAGCGAGAUGUGAUUACGGAUCUGCUUCUGGCGAUUGUGAAAAUGUUGCUUCCCUAUAGGCCGGACCUGAAGGUGGUUCUAAUGAGCGCAACACUCACAGCGGAUACUUUUUCACGGUAUUUCAAUGACUGUCCUAUGGUGGAAAUUCCUGGACUUGUGUUUCCAGUGGAGGAGUUUUACCUGGAGGACAUUGUCGCAGACUUAAACUAUCACAGGUUUAAUAAUCCAAAGAAGGGUUUUGUGCGGCGCAAUCGCUUCAACAAUGAAUUUCUUGAUAUGAUAGAUCCAUACGUUAGAUCGCUGCGGGGACAUUAUUCACCGCAGGUGCUGCAGACCAUUAGUAACCCUGAAAGCGAAACUAAUCAGGAACAGCUGAUUGCGGAGUUAAUAUACAAGAUAACGGCAUCGCAACCCGAAGGUGCGAUUUUGGUUUUCUUUCCCAGCUUAGCACAGAUAACGGAGGUUAACAAACUGCUCUCCAAUCACCAGCAGUUAGCGAAAUAUUCCACGUUGGUCUACCCGCUGCACUCGAAGGUUCCGCAGCUCGAUCAGAAGGCAGUGUUUUCGAGACCUGCUCGGGGGACAAGAAAAAUCAUUCUGGCCACUAAUAUCGCCGAAACGUCGAUCACAAUCGACGAUGUGGUGUACGUCAUCAAUACGGGUCGCCAUAAAAUCAACAUGUACGAAGAUGGCAUAUCGUCGCUCCGGGAUGAGUGGAUUUCGCUGUCCAACGAGAUUCAGCGGAAAGGUCGCGCGGGUCGAGUCCGGGCAGGCAUUUGCUACCAUUUGUACACUAGGGCCCGGCGCAGUGUCCUACUUCAGAACACUCCACCGGAGAUUUUGCGCGUCGCACUCGAUGAAGUAAUUCUUAAUAUCAAAAUUCUCGGACUUGGUGAAGUGCAUCGGUUUUUGAACCGGUUGCUGGAUCGACCAGCUGACAGCGUGAUCGCAGAAUCGUUGCAAUUGCUGAAUCGACUAAAUGCCUUGGACGAUAACCAAACGCUAACCCCGCUCGGUUAUCACCUGGCUAGACUUCCAAUGGAUCCUCGAACCGGGAAGAUGGUCCUUCUGUCCAGUAUAUUCGGCUGUACCGAUCCGAUCACGUCAAUCGCGGCCAGCCUGUCGUUUAGGGAUGCUUUCUAUAAACCCUUUGGUAAGGAAAAACAGUUGGACUCGGUUCGGCGCCGUUUUGCCGAGGGUCACCACAGCGAUCAUCUAAUGCUGGCCAAUGUCAUUCACCAAUGGAAUGGACGCUCUUCCCAGGGUGAUGCUUACAAGUUUGCCCAUCAGAAUUUCCUGAAUGUGACAACUUUGAGGCAAUUGUGCAACAUGAAGCAGCAGUUCUGUGAUUACCUGUUUGCUGCGAAGUUUUUGGAGACCGCGGACAUGGAGGCACGCGCCAAUAAUCUUAACUCAGGUAAUGACAAACUGUUGACCGCGAUUAUAGGCGCCGGGUUAUAUCCAAACGUGGCCUUUGUGAGAAAGGUCAUCCGGAAACGGAACAGUCCCGAUGGAAGGGCGCUUCUGGCUAUCGAAGGGCAGGGACGGGCGGUUAUACAUCCGUGCUCAGUGAACAGCACGCUAUCGGACUUUGAGUCGAACUUUGUGGUGUAUUACGAGAAGCAGAAGAUUUCCAGCCUGACAAUGUUUGAUACCACCGUGGUAAAUCCGUUUCCUCUGUUUUUCUUUGGUGAUAAUCAUGUCGAAACGGACGGGGAGUUUGAGUAUAUUUCGAUUGCUGGCCAUUAUGGACUUCGUUGCAACAAGGAAACCUACCGAUUAAUUCAGGAUCUCAGAGGAGGAUUCAACCUGCUGCUGCAGAAGAAAAUCUGCCAACCCUCGCCGGUUGACUGGUCGUCGGAAGAAGGCACUCUGCUUCGGGCGAUCAUUCAACUGAUAACUAUUGACGGAAAGUUCGAUGAUGCUUUCGACGAUGACGAUGACGGUGGUUCAGGGGGUAGCAAAAACCCCGAAGAGAUUCUGCUUGAUGAUGAGGACGGAUUUGACUACUAUGAAAACGAUAAUCUGCCCUCUACAAGCAGUGGGAGAUAAUUAGUUGUGCAUUUUGUUGUUUAGCAAAAUCUGUUGGAUUUAGAAAAAGUCUCUCCGAAAAGGAAGAAACAAUGAUCGCACUGAAUCCCUCCAAUCUUAUACUGCCCGUCGGCAUGCUGCGAGAUUUAUCCGAGGAGCGUCGAGAUUAUUGGAGUGUAAAAAUAAGUGCGUAUGGUGUAGCAAUGAAGUGGAACAUAUUGAAAUAAGUGUCUUUAUUUUGAUGACUGAACAACGAAAGCUGCCUUCCGGUUGGCUGAAGCUUGGACGGUACCACAAACAAGCAACUAAACCGGAGAAAGCUCUUUUUCUUCACCUUCGGUGAAGGACAAAGAAUAACAAAAGUGCUUGCUGCGAACCCACCACCCAACUCAAUUCGACCUAACAAACAUUCGUUUUAAUAAUGUGGUAAUAAUCCUCCACUUCCAAAUGCCGGUUGUCUUGUCGUAACAUGCUGAGAG